GCCCAGAGGCAGAGGAGCCACGUGAUAUGGGCCUGCCCCCACCAGACCUCUGGAAUGAUGACCAGUACCAGCGGGAGCGGGAAGACUACGUGGCCAUGAAAGACGACUUGGAGCGCUGGGCGGCCAUCUGGAUGGAUAACCUGGUGCAGCCCCCCACGGACAACAGCAACUGGAUGCAGAUCUGCGUGCCGUUCCUGGAGACCAUCUUGGGUGGUGGAGGCAGCAGUGGCAUGGUGAGACUGCUCAGGCGUUGGUACCAGCAGGCCGGCCUCAGCCACAUCAUCAGGGUCCGCACCCACAGCGGCCACCAGACGCAGCAGCAGAUCAACACAAGACGGCAGCUCGCACAGCAGCUCAACCAGCCUGACCCAGGCAGGCUAAACGAAGCAGGUGCAGCCAAGGACCAGCAGCAGGCCCUCCUCACAGACCUGCACGCGAUAGCAGAGGGCGCGCUCGUGGACCCAGGGGCGAUCAGUAGGGUAGCAGAGGAGGUAACGAGCAUGGCCAAGCUACUCACAAAGGCGGUGAAGAAGGCGUACAUCCACUGGGUGCACGACGCCACGGCAGGCGGUGCGAAGAUGGCCCACGCCUACACCAAGGCAGCGGAGCGCAGCAACCUGGAGGACAUCCUUGAGCACGAGGGCCAGGCCAUGGGCGCCCAGGGGCUGGAAGACUUCGUGCAGUGCCUGACCAGCUGUGAGCAACGGGCAGCGUGGCCGUGGCAAUUCUACUUGGUGCUGGAGCUGCAGCUGGGCAAGAAGCCAGGAAUCGGCGGCGAGCGCCCCAUCGGCCUCAUGCCCAUGCCGUGCCGCAUCCGGAGCGCAGCCAGGAGGCCCAUAGUAGCCACCUGGAGCAAGGCAGCGGCGGGCUUCUGGGACACGGCAGUAGCUGGCUCCUCAGCGCUACGAGUGGCAAUGCACAGACUGAUGAGGGCAGAAGCCGCCACGGAGAUGGGCUUUCAUGCAGCAGGAGUCUUCUACGACGCGGCAAACUUCUACGACAACAUAGGCCUCGACCAGCUGAUCGAGAUGGCCAGCGCCCUCCAGUGCCCGUUGCUGCCGCUGGCAAUGGCCGUGCAGAUGUACCUUGCGCCCAGGGCCAUCAUGGCCCACAGCCUCUUCUCGGACAUCUUCGAGCCUGCCAACAGCAUGGUAGCCGGCUGUGGCCGAGCGGUCGACCUCACAGGGCCGCUCUUGUAUGGCAUCCUGGAUGCGGCGCACAGGAAUUACAUCUUCGUCGUCAUGCAGCAGUACCUGGACGACCUGGCCCUGCAGGUAGCGGGUGCGCGGCGGCAGGUCAUUGCCCAGGUCAAGUACGUGGCAGCGCUGGUGCACGAUGGAUUCAAGCAGCUCUCGAUACCCAUCUCCGUCAAGACGGCGGCGGUGGCCUCGGACAAGGACCUCCAGGCGGAAGUCGCCAGCAUCCUGGACAGCCUGGGCACUCCCAACAAGCAACCAGGUGUAGUGCGCGACCUCGGCGUGGACACCAGCCUCGGCAAGCGGCUGCGGCGACCCACCCAGGCCGCGCGCCAGGCCAAGGCCAAGCAGAGGGUGGCCAAGCUCAAGGACCUAGCGAAGACGGGCGCCAGAGGCGCGGCAAAGGUCUAUUCAGCAGGGGCCUACUGCCAGCAGGCCUGGGACUUACCAGCGCACGGCAUCACGCCCACGGAGGCGAAGUCGGUCAGGGCCACGGAGGCAGCGCUCCUCACAGGCGGACACAAGGCUGGACGCUGCACGUCCACCAUCCUCCUGAUCCAGAGGGGAACGCAAGAGGCGGUAACCCGAGCCAUCGGCGACCAGAUCAAGCAGUUCUGGCUCACCAUAGUCGACCACCCGACGGAGCUCAAGAGGUACCAGGGAGGCUGGCUCCUGCUCUACGCCAAGCUGGACGCCCUGGAACCCAACCGCAGAUGCGGCGAGGCGACAGAGACAGAGGAACACCGCUACUACGCCUGCCCUGCCAACGCAGAGAUAGGGCACAGCAAUGACACCGACCUGGCGAAGAAGGCGAAGGACGCGCUGGACCAGCGGCAGGACCUGCACUUCUGGCUCCGUGGCAUCCCGCCAGCGGCCUGGGCAGCCAAGGUCGACCCAGACGAGGACGCGGCGAAGGCGGCGCAGAUCUUCUGCACCAGCGAAGAGGCUCAGGCGGCAGCCCAGUCAGGGCACAAGGUUCGAGCAGACUAUGUCUUCACGGACGGCUCAGGUGGUGGGGCAACGGCCAAGGACCCCCGCCUCAGACGCUGCGGCUGGGCAGCGGUGGCCUUCAGGUUCGACGAGCACGGACGCCCGCAGGAUCCCGAGGACCUGGACUACAGGAGCACGAACUACGACCUCUGGCUCCAGACGAAGCAGCGGCUGCAGAACAGCACGGACACCAUCAUGGGCCACCACAUCCCAAGCCACCUGAUCGAGCACCCAGCCGAGCUGGAGAGGUGGAAUGGUCCCACCUGGUGGGUCAUAGGAAACGAGAUGGCAGACAAGUACGCAGGCUGGGGAGCGGAGCAUGGAGCACUGGAUCCAGCCAUCAUCGCGCAGCAGCAGAUCAGGGACCAGCUCACCACGGCGGUGCAAAACCGGCUGCUGGCCAUCAACUUGGCGGUGACGGUGGAGGACCCCAACAAGGCCCCUCAGCGUCCCAAGGACAAGCGCCGACAGCCGCAGACGGCGAGGGACAGGGCAGCCCAGCUGGGACACGACGUGCGCAUGCUACAUCCGCGAUGGUGGUGUGCAACGCGUCGCAGUGGCCCAGCCAAAGGACAAAGCAUCAGAGACAGGCUGGCAGAGACGGGAGAAUGCCUCGGGAAGUACGGCGGCCGCCAGGACCAGCACGGCAACGUCAGGCUCGACUUCAAGGCGGUGCAGAUCGGCACGCAGGUGGUGCACUUCUCCUACAAGACGCAGGUCUCCCAUGGCUGGCUCUGGUGCGAGAAAUGUGGCGGCACCAGCUACCUCGGGACCACAAGAGCAGGAGCUAAGCCAGCAGCAGACCCAGCUGAUGAGGGUCUCAACGAGAUCACCAUGCCUGGUGAUUUCAAGCUCGGCCUGAGUAACUACGAGGCGAUCGACCUGGACGGGGGCAGCUCAGAGGCAGGGGACCCGCAGCCAGCUCCACAGCAGCCACCCAGCCACCCGCACUCUGUCGUCCAAGCCAGCAGGGGGCUCGUGGACCACAUGGAGGGCUACGCGGAGCAGUGGAUGAACAUGGUCGACCAAGAGGUCUGGGACGACAUGGACGACUGGAUGGAGCACUGCGUACCGUACCUCCUGGCCAUCACCAAUGUGGGUGGCAGAACGGACACGCAAGAGCAGACCAGGGCCGUCACCGCGCAGGAGCUUCAGCAUAUCAAGGACUUCUGCGAAGACGUCUGGCGCAACACGCACCGCACGCGACGGAGGCUCAUGACCAGGAUGCUUACCCUCCCGCAUGGUACAGGGCAGCAGGCAGCAAGAGUGCACAUGGACGCCUGCCAGAACAGAAGGAACAACAUCCUGGCGCACAGCAUCCCCAGCAGCGAGCGCAGGCCGCUGCCGAGAACAGCGGAGGCCAGCCGAGAGUGGUCACCAGAGAACUUGGACGAUGAUGACUCGAUCCCAGGCAGUGAAGCCCCAGAGCUGGAGGGCGAGCCGAGCGACCAGGAGAUGGAGACCAUGGCAGGACCCGAUCAGAGUCACGACGCCAACAGCCUGAUGCAGACGGCCGUGCAGGUGGCAGUUACGCUGACCAAGCCAGUGGGGCCCGACCUGAUGAAGUUCGUGAGCGAAGCCGAUGAGGCCGGCCUUCUCCACCCAAGGCUUCGACAGAACAAAGGAGAUGCUGACCAGGACCCCGAGCAGGAGGUGGCGUGGCUCGAGAGGAACAGGCUUGAGCAGCUCAUGCAGUCGCUGGCAGGCUGUUGGAUCCAGAAAGAGGGCGAGCAGGGCCGGCCAUCGUGGCAGGCCGCGUGCGUGCCCCAUGUGCUGAUGGCGCUGCAGACAGGCGUCUACCAGAGGCUGUUCAGCAAC